UUAAUCGUUAUAAUACUGAAACUACUAAAAUUCUGAAUAAUUUAAAUUUAGUGCGACAUGAUCAAAAUGACAGUAAUAGUAAUUCGCUUAUAUCCGAAAAAUUAUCAAAUAAUAUUUCAACAUUAAAUAGAAAGCAAAAAUUGUCAAAAAACAUCGAAAAUCGCCACUUAAGUAAAACACAUUUAACAUUACCCAAUAUUAACAUUAACCGAAAAAACGACGAAUUCAGACAAAAUGAUCCCAGGAAUAAAGAAGUUUUUCAUAAUACAGCAAGUGAAGAAAAUAAUGAAAAAUCCACAAAAACAUCAUCACAAACCAACAAUACCAUAAAUUUAGCUGAUUCUUCAUAUGAAAGUUCAGAAACUGAUUUAACAAGCCAUGAACGAUUGUUAAAAACCUCGCCAGAAAUCAAAGAAUCGUUCGUAAUAACAUCCAAAAAUAAUAUGGUAUACAUCCAUGAAAAAGAAUAUGAUCCAGUACAUCAUAAACAUCACCACAACCAUCAUGUUAGCAACGUCGUUAAAGAAAAUAAUCUUCUAAAUGACGAUUUGACGAAUGAUUUUUAUUUUAAAGAAACAAAUGAUAUAAAGAAUCGUAAUAUUCGUCAUGCGCAACAUGGUGGAUAUCAUCCAGAUAAUUAUAAUACAGGCCAGAAAAAUAAUUUAUUUAAAGAAUUAAAAAAAUGGAAAGAAAAGCCAGUAACAUUCGGAACAAAUUAUACAAAAGAUCCAACAUUUUCAUUUCACCCGCAUACAAUGGUCGCGGAUAGUAUUAAUACUGUACCAAGCUAUGCAUAUAAUUUACAAAUGGGUAUAUUUUGUUCGUUUGAAGUGGCGUGUGAUUGGACUUGGAACAAUGAUAGUGGGUGUCGUGUUACUACACCUGCUCAAUUGAGUGACAUAAAUAUUGCGCCUAGAUUUGAUGCAGAUAAUAAUACUAUUGGUAAUUUUUUAUCCCUCUAUGUAACUCAGAACACUCGAGAGCUACAUAUUACAUCGCCGAAAUUAACAGCUCCAAGCAGUGAACAAUGUAGCUUAGAAUUAUAUCUUCAUCAAGCGAAUAUGAAUGCAUCAGUGAUCAAAAUUGUUGGUGAAAUUGUUGAUACUACACGAACCCAAUGGAUUGUUCAUGAAAUGUUGGGAAACAGUUACCGAAUGUGGCGGAAACAUACUUUCAAAAUUGGUCGAAUUUCACAAGAAUUUAAAUUAAUAUUAGAAAUAAUUCCACACUUUGCACCGGCACAUAUUGCAAUUGAUAACAUUCGUUUGGUAGAUUGUUAUCCAGAACCAGCAAAACGCAAUAUGUGUGUACCGCACCAAUUUCGCUGUGCGACAACAAAUGUUUGCGUCAAUGUUACCCAAGUGUGUGAUAUUAAUCACGAUUGUAAGAAUGGUGAAGAUGAACUUCAAGAUUGCGAUAAAAUCCCAUUUGGAGGCCGAUGUGAUUUUGAAGAUGGUUGGUGUGGAUGGAAAAAUGAUCCUUCCAAACAAAUAAUAUGGAUCCGAAACCAUGGAUCUAUAUCUUUUAAUCGCACAGGCCCAUCAAUGGAUCACACUUACCAUAAUAGCUUAGGGCAUUAUCUUUUAGUUAACAUGGCUGAAUAUAUUGAUGUAGCGUCUUUUGCUGCAACAGCUUCAAUUAGUAGUGCUAUUUUUAAUCCCCCGCCAGCGGUGCAUAGCAAUGAAAGUUCUACCUAUCAUAAUUCAUGUUCGGUUCGAUUUUAUUAUCAUCAAUAUGGAGUUCAUAAAAGUGGCUUAGCAUUAAUGCUAAUUGAGCUUAAACCAAAUGAUAAUGUUAGCACAGAAAUUUGGUGGAGUUUUGCUGAUAAAGAAGACAAAUGGCAUAAAGGAGUUGUAAUUUUACCCAAUAUAACAUAUAGAUAUUAUUUACAAUUUAAUGCCAAGAAGGGCUUAAGAUUUUUAAGUAUUGUGGCAUUAGAUGAUAUAUCAUUGAGUCCAGAAUGUUUUGGUCUAAAUAUACCUCAAAGUGAAUUACGCGGCUAUAAUUAUUGGAGUCCACCAGAAUUUAUUGAACCAAAAGUUAAAGAAACGCAUAAAGAUUUUGUAAAUCAAACUUAUUAUCAAAUAACAAGUUGUGGCGUUAAAGGUAAAGACGGACCCACACCAGAAAAUUGUUCAAAUUUUUAUCAAGAAACAUCGUUAGAAGAUCAAAUUGAAGUGUUAAAUACUAAACCAUUAAAAGGAAUACAAAGAUGGAUUGUUCCGAGUACUGGAUAUUACACAAUAAUUGCUAAGGGCGCUAGUGGUGGAAAAGGCUCUGGUGGUAUGGGUUCAUCUAGGGGAAGUAUAGUUAAAGGCAUUGUAGAACUACACAAAGGAGAACGACUCUACAUGCUAAUUGGCCAAGAAGGCCGCAGUGCCUGCGUAAAGAGUUUAGGCAGAACGUCUAAUUCAUCGUGCCAAGCUUUUUGGAAUGAAGAUCGAAACUUAACAGGUGUUCGCGGAGUAUUAAAAGCAAUUUUACGGGACGGUGGGGGAGGAGGAGGCGGAGCUACUUAUAUUUUUCGAAUUCAACGGAAAAAUAGUAAAACAGUUAUUGAGCCACUGUUUGUGGCUGCCGGAGGUGGAGGUCUAGGGUUAGGCCAAUUUGUGGACAAUAAUCUUCAUCAUGCACAUGGUUUAACAGCGAAAAGACCAUUUAAUGGACAUACCAUAACCACUGAUAAAACUUCCGGGGCUGGAGGUGGUUUAUAUCGGGAACCAAACACAACCUUCACAAUGUUUAGUGGACAUGCACUUGAAGAUGGAGGCCUUGGCGGAGUGCCAUGUUACGAUUCAAAAGAUGGUGCUGGAAGUGGUGGAUUUGGUGGAGGAGGUGGAGGAUGUACUAAUGGGGGUGGCGGUGGUGGCUAUUCAGGUGGUAAUUCAUGGACACCGAAUACAACUAAUGGCGAAGGUGGAACGUCGUAUAUUUCAAAUUUUACUUUGGAAGGACACCGUGAAGUUUUACCAGGUCAACAUACCGGUAGUGGGAUGGUUGUAAUAAUACCAGCGAAAAGUGAAAAAUGUGGUUGUUACUAUCGAUGUGUUGCAUUAGACGAACAUCGGGCACAGACAGCUUGUAUUUGCCCUGUUCCGAAUUGGUUUUUGGGUCGGGAUAAUGUGACUUGUUUGUUGAACAAUGAUACGCCUACUGAUCAUAAUUUACUUAUUGGUAUCCUCAUCCUUGUAAUUUUCUUCCUUGCUGUUGGAUUUGGUGUUCUAUGUAUAAUGUUAUAUAAUCGCCAUCAACGUCGAAAAUCGGAAAUAUCAAGGAGAAAAAUGCUUUCCGGCGCCGAAUUACAAUUAAACAGGCUUCGUAUGCAAUCCGAUAAUAACGUACUUUUAACAGAAUAUAAUCCGAAUUAUGAGUUUGGAGGGCAAGUUUAUACGUUAAAAGACUUGCAAGACAUACCAAGAGAUCAAUUGCGUCUAGUAAAGGCUCUUGGUCAAGGUGCUUUUGGUGAGGUAUAUCAAGGUUUCUAUAAGGCGCGGCAAAGUGAUGCUGUAGAAAUGCCUGUUGCCGUAAAAACAUUACCAGAAAUGUCUACACAACAAGCUGAAAUGGAUUUUUUGAUGGAAGCUUUAAUUAUGUCAAAAUUUAAUCAUCCAAAUAUUGUGCAUUUUAUUGGUGUUUGUUUCGAUAAACAUCCGCGAUUUAUUGUUUUAGAAUUAUUGGCUGGUGGUGAUUUGAAAAAUUUUCUAAGAGAAAGUCGCCCAAAACCAGAAAGAUCGAGUCCUUUAACAAUGAAAGAUUUAGUAUUAAUUUCAAUAGAUGUUGCCAAAGGUUGCAAAUAUAUGGAAGAACAUAGAUUUAUCCAUCGAGAUAUUGCUGCCAGAAAUUGUUUAUUAACAACUAAAGGUCCUGGUAGAGUAGUUAAAAUAGCAGAUUUUGGAAUGUCGAGAGACAUUUACAGAUCUGAUUACUACCGAAAAGGUGGUAAAGCGAUGUUACCAAUCAAAUGGAUGCCACCUGAAGCAUUUCUUGAUGGUAUUUUUACUAGUAAAACUGACAUUUGGUCAUUUGGAGUUUUAUUGUGGGAAAUUAUGUCAAUGGGCUUUAUGCCAUACACAGGAUGUUCAAAUCGACAAGUAAUGCAAUUAGUAACCAGUGGUGGUCGACUGGAACCGCCAUCAAAUUGUCCAGGACCGAUUUAUGGUAUAAUGACACAAUGUUGGCAUCCAACACCAGAACAACGGCCCACAUUUUCUGUACUUUUAGAACGAUUAGGUUAUUGUAUACAAGAUCCUGAUGUUAUUAAUAAUCCUUUGCCAGUAUUUACAAAAGCACCAUCAGCCGAACGUGACACGACUGUUAUGAGACCAAAAAAUACGGAUGGUACUUAUUUACAGGUACCAAAUACUGCCGAUUAUUUAAUACCAAUACCCACAACAACAUCGUGUACCACAACGAUAUAUGAUGGAAGUGCUGAAACAUUACUUGAUGAAGAUGAAACUGAUGUAAUUGAAAACAAUUGGGAAACAAGUUUCAUGAUGCCACAAUCAAAAUCUACAACACCAUUAUUACGUAAUAAUGUUGAUAAUGAACAAAUAAACAAAACGCCAGUAGUAGAAAAUUUAAUAAAUAUUGAUUCAUCCCCACCACAACAGAUUACAAUAACAAAUAAUUCGACCACAAAUAAUCCAACAAACACAACAAGCCCAACAGAAAUCGAAUCACAAAAAUUACUUGUAAAUCAUGCAAUAAAUAAUCAUAAUUCAUUAAUUAAUAAUAAUGUUAAACCAUCACCAAUUGUUGUAAAUAAUUCAACAAUCACAACUAAUACACCAAACAAUACAACAUCAGAUCAGCCAACAUUAAAAAGUGGUAUAUCAUUAGAUGCUAGUAAUUUAUUAAAACAACAAAAUAUAAACAAAAAACCUUAUGCAAAUAUACAACCAAGUAAUGAUUAUCGUACACAAAAUGGUCCCUAUUCAAUACGAUCUGAAUUAUUAAAUGCUGAAUCUGAGAUCAGUUGUUAA